CUCAUAUGGCUAGAGAUUUGAACUUUCAUUGUUUGGAUGUUUUGAAAGUACAUAACAUCGUAUUUACACCUUUGUUUUUAUACAAACAGUGCGUAAUUGUAUUGUAUUAUUUAUGUUUUAAAAGUGAUUGAAAAGUUGUUAAAAGAAUUUUUGCAUAAGAUUCCGAUAAAGUGUAAGCUGAAUGCAAACGUUUAUUGUUUGAAGUUAGUUAAUUUUGUUUAAUAACAAAUGUCUGACCAUAAAAUUUUAAAAUAUAGUUAAAUUUGAAUGAUUUAAACAUUGAGUGGCAUUUAACUGAAUUUGAGAACCCAUAUGUUUUUUGUUCCAGAAAGUCUAGAUGAUGUGCGCUUAGUGGGUGUGUUAACCUUAAAGUUUUUUUGUUUCUACCAAUUACAUACAUAUAUAGUGGGCUUGUUGCAUGUAACCAAUGCUUGGAGUUUGUUGCUGCAGUCGUUAAGGACUGCAUCGCAUAUUAUAGUUUUUUUUUCUUUUUCUCAAUAUCAAAUAAAAUUGCAAAGCUAGAGGAAGAGUGUAACUAGAAGCUAGAAACAUUUUCCUCUGUCUAGCAAAAGAGUCGGCCUUUGCGUGGCGGCGCGGUUGUUUAAAAUGACGGAUGACGAUUUACCAACAAUCGACGGCAAAAAUUGUGGCAAUGAAGUUGCAUCAGAUACAACACAAUGGAACAAUACGGUUGCAUCACCGCCAACAAAUGACGAUAGAGAAGACGACGAUGAUGAUUCGAAUGAAGAUGAAAAUGAUGAAGCACCAUCGAAGGUCACAGAUCCAUUGGCACCAAAGUUCAUUAACAAUGAACGCGUCCUCGUGGUAUCCGUCACAGAACGUCGACGUGAAACCUGGGGUCAGAAGGCGGAAUUCUUGUUGGCCGUUGUCGGUUUUGCUGUUGACUUAGGCAAUGUCUGGCGAUUUCCCUACAUCUGUUAUCAAAAUGGCGGCGGAGCCUUUCUCAUUCCAUAUUGUGUGAUGUUGGUUUUUGGUGGACUGCCAUUGUUUUAUAUGGAAUUGGCUUUGGGUCAAUUUCACAGAUGUGGCUGUUUAAGUAUAUGGAAGCGUAUUUGUCCGGCUCUUAAAGGUGUCGGAUAUGCAAUUUGUUUGAUUGACAUCUACAUGGGAAUGUACUAUAACACUAUAAUUGGUUGGGCAGUCUACUAUCUAUUCGCAUCCUUCACCUCCAAACUGCCAUGGACUUCAUGUGAAAAUCCAUGGAACACGGCAAGUUGUAUGCCCGUCACCUCCGAGAAUUUUACACAUUUAGCGACCACACCAGCCCGAGAGUUCUUUGAGCGAAAGGUGCUUGAACAGUAUAAAUCUGAUGGAUUGGAUUUUAUGGGACCUGUUAAACCAACCCUGGCAUUGUGUGUUUUUGGAGUAUUUGUUCUGGUGUACUUUUCUCUGUGGAAGGGCGUGAGGAGUGCUGGAAAAGUUGUAUGGGUUACUGCAUUGGCACCCUAUGUUGUGUUGAUUAUCCUUUUGGUACGUGGAGUAUCACUGCCUGGCGCCGAUGAGGGUAUUAAAUACUAUCUAACUCCCGAAUGGCAUAAGUUAAAGAAUUCCAAAGUUUGGAUUGAUGCAGCAUCUCAGAUAUUCUUCUCUUUGGGACCUGGUUUUGGAACAUUAUUAGCUUUAUCCAGUUACAAUAAGUUCAACAACAAUUGCUACCGUGAUGCACUCAUAACAAGUAGCAUCAAUUGCUUAACAAGUUUCUUAGCUGGUUUUGUAAUAUUUUCUGUUUUGGGGUAUAUGGCCCAUGUACAGAAAACAUCUAUUGACCAAGUUGGUCUUGAAGGACCUGGCUUGGUAUUUAUCGUGUAUCCAGAAGCAAUAGCCACAAUGAGUGGUUCUGUAUUUUGGUCAAUAAUUUUCUUCCUUAUGCUGAUAACACUUGGUCUGGAUAGUACGUUUGGCGGUUUGGAAGCUAUGAUUACAGCGCUUUGUGAUGAAUAUCCUCGAGCUGUGGGAACACGUCGAGAAACAUUUGUACUAUUCCUAUUGGCUUGUAUUUAUUUGUGUGCUUUGCCGACUAUGACUUAUGGUGGUGUUUAUCUGGUGAACUUCCUUAACGUCUAUGGUCCAGGCUUAGCUAUUCUAUUUGUUGUUUUUGUGGAAGCAGCUGGUGUAUUUUGGUUCUACGGUGUGGACAAUUUCUCAUCAGAUGUUGAACAGAUGUUGGGCAAGAGACCCGGCAUUUUUUGGCGUAUUUGUUGGGCUUAUAUAAGUCCAAUUUUCUUAUUGUGCAUUUUUAUAUUCUCGUUCAUUGGCUAUAAGGAUAUGCUGGGUGAUGAAUACAAAUAUCCUGAAUGGAGUAUUGCCGCUGGUUGGGCCCUUACCGCCUCCUCUAUACUCUGUAUUCCAAUUUACAUUGUCUACAAAUUUUCCAUAAGCAAAGGAAAUUUCAAACAACGGUUAAGAACAACAUUCAAACCGGAAAUAAAUGUUGCAUCCGCUUUGCCAGGCCAACAAGGAACUGCAGUGUGACAUAAUAAUGCCAAUAAUACAAUUCAAUAUAGUUUAAGUAGCUUUCAUCAAAUAAACGUUUCACCAACAACAACAACUACAAUAAAUAUAAUAAAUAAUCAAAUAAGUCAUAGUUACUUAAGUUAUCCUAAUCUUAGUUCGAAUAUCGAACAUCUGCAAUCAAAACAAACUAAAUUAAAUAUUGAUCGUGGUAGUAGCGUGAGUCUUAAUCAAAUUAAUAAAAGAUCUACUGCUAGAGCUGAGGACAAUAAUUAUUUAAUACUCAGCAGUUGUAAGCCCUUCAAGUUUUCCUUUGCUAGUGAGUGGCUUGUUUAGAAAAGUUAGAAAAGAAAAGGCCAACUCUGUGUAGUGCUUGUUUUUUAUCUUAGAGAAAUCAUUUUUUUAGUACAAAAUAUAUAAUACAUACAUACAUAUAUAUUCAAUACAGUUAAGACAAAUUUGUAUUAUAGUUAUAGAAAAUUAAUAUGUAUUAUUUUUGAAUCGGAAACGGAAGUAUAGGUAAUUUUAUAUGUAAAUCAAAAAUCAUUACCUUCACGCUUCUUCUCUAGAAAAUGCUUAAUAUGUAAAUUGAAUAUUGAAAUAUUAAAUAUAAAUAAAUAUACACAAAUUAUUAGCUUAAAAUAACUUACAUUUUAGCCAAAAUCAUCUCGAUAAGUAAAACAAAUUUUAUUACAAAACACAAAAGUAUUAAAAAUAUUAAAACAUAAAUAAAUUUAAAGUGCUUUAGAUAUUUAAGAAAAAUAAAAAUAAAAGUAUUAUAUUAUGUAUGACUAUAAAUAUAAAUUUAAUAUACAAAAUUAGCAUCUUUAUAUAACAAUAUACAUAUAUAUGAAAUAAAUAUUAAAAUGAAUACAAUUAUUUUUGUUAAUUUUAUAAAAGAAGAACAAAAAGUAAUAACCAACCAAAACUACUCUUGUACAAUGUCGUUUUUAGAUAGAUUUUUUACUUUGUUUAAUUAUAUUAGAAUGCAUUUAGUCUUUAGAUUUAUAUAAAAGACUCAUUCUUGAAAAUAUUUGCAACCAGCCAUUUGCAGAUAUUUUUGAAAUGAGAUAGUUUUUUGAGGUUUUAGUUGAAUUGAAAAGCGUAAAACUGUAAUCAGCCAUUUGCAGUUUUAUGAAAUUUGAAAACAUAAUUUUAAUAAAUUGUUAGUGAAUAAAUAGUUAAUUUUAGUAGAUUAAAUAUAUUUGUUAAUAUAAGAUUUAUAUCUAUUGUAAUUAUUUUUUUGUUAAGAAUUUGUUGAAUAUACUUUAUAUUUUAAGCCGU